GUAGUCCACAAAAUCUGGAGUGACAAAGGCUGCCUAAACCCUACACUGGAAACCUGGACCCUUUAGUACUAAUAUACAGUAAUGAUUAAAAUAUGUAUAUAACCCAACAGUCCCAGUAAGCAAGAGCUAAAAAUAUAGCAUGUAUUCAUACACAUACUCAUUUUCUUCUACUUCCAUAAUCUAAAGUCACUUCUGUUCCAUUUGCAGGAGCUGGCUUGUUGAGAUGAAUUGAGGGCAAGGAACACGGUGGCGCUUCUUUAAGAUGACACGAACCGACCCACCUGACAUACUACUGUCAACAGUUUAUCAAGACAUUAAAGUGUCCCUGAGCACUGAUUCUCAAAGCCACCAACCCGCUGCACAAUGUGACACCUUCAUGUCCAACCACAGAGAGCAUCAGCAGCAACCUUUCAACAAGAGGCACUGCCGCAGUUUUGACUUCCUUGAAUCCUUGGACGACAGUUUAACCCAACCUGCAAAUAUGGAGGCAUCUCAAAGGGGGCCACACAGACGUGCUGGGACCCCUGAACCAUUUUCUCAGCCUGUGAGUAGGAGGGCCACCAUCAGAUCCGACACCAGAUAUACAUCUCAGGGGGUAGACACGUCAAAGGAAUCUGCCAAAGAACCGAGGAGAAGACCAAGAUCAAAAAGUGCACCAAGGGUCAAGACAUCUUUCACCUCAGUCCCCAUUCAAAUGUCAUCUUCUCAAUCACCUCCUCCAUCAGCCAGGAGAGGUAGAGAAGUCCAUCGAGCCUCUCGUGAACCUCAGAAGUCUGUAGCUUCCCCUAAAAGAGAGGCCAGCUAUGCCUCUACAAAAGUAUUAAUGAAUGAGGUGCAUCCCAUAAAAUUACAACCGCAACGCAAUAGUGCAAGCCGGAUUUCCCCACUUUUUGUUAACAAUUGUAUGGAAGAUCCACAGGUUGCAAAACAAAUGUCUAGCCCUCAUGUCCGCUGCCGGGUGGACAUAAAGCCUGAUGACGCAGUUCUUCAGCAUGCUGCACAUGGUUCCAAACCAUGCCAGGCCUGGGCGGAACCACCCCAUUGCACAAGACAACCAGGCACUCCCAGGAGCCUAGCUGUGCCAACUGCAAGACUGAUAUCUGUGUCUCGGACACCAACACCCAGUGAUUCUCACAGUGGGGAUCACAGGAUGACACAAUUCCCAUGUACCACUGGAGGAGAGAUGUACACACCUGAUUUCAGAGGCAUCCCCUACCACAAUGUUCCAUCCCCAAGAGAAUUCUCACAGUAUGCCAACAGGGACUGUGGCCAGUAUAGUAGUCCCAACAUCCCUCCCUCAUACUUUUACACUGAGGAGGAUACCAGCUACAGUCAAAACAUGCCUGUCAAAAGCAGGGGCUGUUUCACUUACCCACAUCAGUUUGCAGACCCUGGUGUUUCUACUCACACCUACUACACUGAUGAAACGCCUAGUGGUCCACCUAGGACAUUUUAUAUUGAAGACCCUCGACCCUAUCCUAUUCAGGAAGCCCCAAUAAGGACGUUUUAUGGAGAAGAUCCUCGUUUUUACCCUCCUCGCACUAUUCCUGCCAAAACCCAUUAUGGGGAAGACCACAGAUCUUAUCCAAUCCAGAGCACUUCAUCUAAACUCUACUUUGCUGAGGACAUUGCAAAGUAUUCAGAAAGGGAUGCUAUCUCCAGAACCUAUCCAUAUCCUAGGAGUACGCAGCCACUGCAAUUCAGUGAAUGGUAUUUUCCAGAUCAAAACGCAAUACCAUACCCAACCAUUCCAAUGUCUCCUUUCCCUCAACAGUCUUCUGGGAGGGAGGCAAUGCUUUCAUCAUGGCAUGCUUCUUAUAGUAUGAAUCAACAGAGAUUAGCGACUGAUUCCAGGAAUUACUCCAGAUCAUGGGACAAUAUUUUGAAUCCCAGCGGGCGCAAAGAUGAUCCACUUUCCCGUGGCCGAAGCUAUGAGAAUUUGUUGUGUCGUGAACGACGUGCCUUAUCUCCAGAUGACCGACGCCAGCCUGUGGUUGUAAAUCUUUCUUGCUCUCCAAAGCGGUAUGCUGCCCUAUCUCUGUCAGAAAACUCUAUUGUGGAGAAGGUUCAAACUGAUGGUGGAGGUGGCAGAUACACAAUGGGAAGGUCAUGGUUUGUCACACCAGAGAUCACUAUUACAGACAAUGAUUUGAGAGCUAACGGGGUGGGGAGAGGUGAGAGGCGUUCAGCAAGCUGGGAUGUGAUAGACUCAGGUGUCUCGCCACCAGCUUACCCAGUUCAUGCCGCCUAUCCUACCAAAGAGAAGAUGCCAAGCAGAUCCUCCCGGCACCGCAGUCUUGAGCAGCUUGAUGAGCUUAUCGCGGACCUCGUAAUAGAUUAUAAACCACCUUCAAGCCGCCGCCCCAGCGAGGCAGAUGCUCUUGCAGAUCAGUUGAGAAAACUUAUUAAGGAAGACAUGAUAGGGAUUCCACGAAAAAGCGAGCACUAUGGGCACAUGGCACAUUUACCGCAGAGUAGGCCUUUAAAGGAGCAGCCAACUCCCACAUUCCCUGAUUCCCAAAGAGGCCAAAGGAGGGGAGCAUUCCCUGAGGUACCAGUGUCCAGUCCUCACAAGCCUCUUGAAGAUUGCUCCCCAGAUCUGAGUGCUGAUGAGGAUGACCUGCUGACCUGUUCUAAUGCCAAGUGCAGACGCACAGAGACAAUGUUCAAUGCUUGUCUGUACUUUAAAUCUUGCCACAGCUGCUAUACCUACUACUGCUCUCGAAACUGUCGUCGUGAGGACUGGGAUAUUCACAAAGAAAGCUGUAUCUUUGGCCGCAUGGGCAGCGUAUGUCGCCAUGUGCUCAAAUUUUGCAGAGAGAACACUGAUGUUCACAAGGCUUUUUCCCGCAUUGCCAAGGUGGGGUAUCUUUCACGAGGUAGAGGAGUGCUUUUCCUAGGUUUUCCAAACCCAGGUUCAGCAGAUAACUUUCUGCAACUUGGCCUAGAGGGGCUGCUGAUGCCUCCUACCUACUUAUCGCUGAGGGAGCUGGAGAGCUACUCAGACAAUUUAGGAGAACAUGCCAAGGAGCUGCAAGGGGCCGGCAGCCAAUAUGACCCCGAGGAAUGUUUCCUAUUGAAUGUAACUGUGGCAGUGGGACAGGGAGGACCUGACCGUCUAUCAUCAAGAGCUCAUCACAUCCCUACUGUCCGCAAGUAUGCCAAAGUAGCCUUAGCCUCUUCUAGUCCAGAGAGGAAAAUCACAAAAAAAGAAAAGGACAUGGAGACCCUUAUUCUGACCCCUCCACCGGGCACAGCUGACUUGGACAAAGAGGGAGAAGAAGGGAGGAAGGCCAGAGAGGUCUGCUUCAUACAUAUCCAGCGGGAGCUGAGGAUCAGAGGGGUAUUCCUUCGACAUGAGUAUCCUAAGAUCUACCAGCAGCUGUGCGAAUUUGUAGAGAGCAACAAAAGAUUCACACCCACAACCAUAUACCCCAUAGACAGGAGGACUGGAAAACAAUUCAUGUGCAUGCUCAUGGCAGCUUCGGAGCCUAGAACUCUUGACUGGGUAGCCAGCCCGAACCUGCUGGACGACCUUAUGUAACUCCAGAGCAAUCUUGGUCCAGAACACAAUUCCAAGGACUGUCUCCUUAUUGUUUCACUUAUCCUCCUAUUCUUUUGUAGUUCCUGUAUUUUUUUUGUACCAGGAGUAGUCCUGUAAUGUAGAUAUCACAAAGAUUUAAAUGUCCUGAACAAAAUCAGGAUUAGUGCAAGUGGGAUGCAUGGGGAUGAAUUAUACAAAGUUGGAUACGGUUGUGUAAUAAUGUCUAAUAGGACCCUCAAUCUCGUUAAAGGGAUUAUAGGGAUACAUAGCCAGUGCACGUGGAAAUGUUACAUUUAUAUAAAUAGGACAAACUCUGUAGUCUGUGAGUGCCCAAAAUGGCCAGUGUAGGUCUUUUAGUCUAUUUUAUCGUAAAAUGAUAGGGUAGGUUCCAUCGUAAGGUCAAUUAUAUUGACUAUUAUCACCCUCAUGACUGGUGCUGAUCAUAAAGUACCGGUAAUUAAAAGGAACACUUUAUUUUAAACAAUUUUUUAGUUCCCUAUGUUCCUUAAUCAUUUUAUAGAUUACCUGCUUUUCACUGCAGCCCAGUCCUCCAUCAGGAUUGAUGAAUUCUUUACAAUCAUGAUUCUCAUAGAGAAGCAACUGAGGAAGUGAUGGGCAGUCCAAUGCUUCCCUAUGAGAAGCAUGAGAUGCACACCCAACAUCUAGCCUAUCAGAUUCUUAUAGUGGGCGUAAAGUAGAUUCAAUGAUUGAAUCUAAUUUCAUCCAAAGCUUCUUGUGGUCAUCUGAAUGGCAGCCACUAGUAGGUUUGGGAUUUGUGAAAUGUAAGCAGUGCCAUUUCCCCCAAAAUAGCAUGUUCUGUUUGCUAGGCUGCAAUGACAGCAUCUACACACCAAAGCCUCUCCAUUAAGGUAAAGUGAUUUUGGUGCAUAGAGUGUCCCUUUUAUUUCACUGAUUAAUUCCUAAAUACUGAAAGUUUUCUGCUACCUGCUGAAAACUGAUAACACUAUUCUCUAUUUUAUAUUAAUGGUUGAUUAUGGUGGUUGAAUUUCACAGUUGAGAUAUUAUGACUGCAAGGCUUAUGUAAAUAUUUAUUUCAGAAGCAUGUUCGGCGUGGAUAGGGAAGGAUCAAUGGAAGAAAUUGAGAAUAUAGAGAUAGAGGUAGACACAACUAUAGGUAUUUAUUCAGUGAGAGGAGUCAACCUUUGGUGGUGCUUGAGCACCCAGAGAGCACUGUCGAGUUUAUAAUUUGUAGAUAUAUUCAAACCUCAAUCCUCUGAUCAUCUUUUUACCACCUUGUGUUCUGACUACAGCGAGCGGAAGAUGAAAUAACAUCUACAUAAUUUACUACAGCGGAAAGAGCAACAGGUUAUUCGGUAAAGUGAGGAUUGUUGGAAAUUUAAAAGAAAUUAAAAGUGAAUUUCAAAUUUAAGCCCAAAUUUGCCAAACUGGAAGCAUAGCUAACUUAAAGAAUUCCUCCACUUUGGCUAUUUUGACUUUAAAUUUGUAAUCCACUUCGUAACAAUUCUUACUUGGUUGGAUAAUUAUGCUGGUCACCACGAUAGUCUGAAGGUUACAUGCCCAUUGAUUGGCACCUAACACCCAACGCUUUAUUUAUAUUUUAUUUAGAAAGCAGUGCUUGCUCUGCUUGUGAGCAGUUUAAUGGUGUCUUCAAAUUAGCAGUUAUUGUUUAGUGAAAAGGCAUGAUUUAGGAAUUUCUUCAAAUUUAGAAGUUCUAUUAAGUUCGUGAUUGAUUACCUCCACUUUGUAAGUCACAACCUAGUCAACUCUUCAACUUUAAAACAAUUUGAAUAAAAUAUUUUAAGGAUCAUGAUUGAGUCAACACUUAAAAAAAGAGUGAUGGAGGGAGCUCAGUUUAGAGUCAUGACUGGUUAAACCCUUCCAAUUGAGUCAUGACUAAAUGAGCUCUUCCAGUUGCGUCAUGCUUAAAUGAGCUUUACUAGUUGAGUCUCGAGUGAGUGGUAAGUUGGUUGAGUGGUCUCUUCAAGUGGAGUACUAGUUUAGUGGUCUCUUCCAGAUGACUCACGAUUGGGUGAGCUACAUCAUUUGAGACUAAUGGCUGAAUGAACUCUUCAGGGUGAACUCUUCCAGCUGAGUCAUGCUUGAGUGAGCUUUACUAGUCGAGUCAUGAUUAAGCGUUCCUUUCCAAGUGAGGUCUGAUUGGUUGGUCUCUUCUAGUUGAGUUCUGAUUGAUUGAUCUUGUCCAGUUAAAUUAUUAAUUGCGCUCCUUCAUUUGAUACUAAUGACUGAAUGAACUCGUCUCUUCCAGUUGCGUCAUGACUGGGUGAUCAGUAUCUGAGUAUCAAAACUAAGUAAUCUCAAAUGGGUGAGUGGACUCCUCCAUCUGAAAAAACAUAAAUGAAUGAGCUCUUUCAAAUAGAGCAACAAUAGCUCAAUACGUUUUCCCAAUUGAGUAAUGAGGAACCUCUUCCAGAAGAAUCAUCCUUGCUUAAGUCAUCGUUGCAUGACUCUUCCAGUUGAGUCAUGAUUGAGUGAGUGCUGAGAGUCAUAUUUUGUAUCUUAUACCUUUUCUAUCUUAUUUAUUAAGGCUUCUCUAACCCAUUGAAGGAGACUAUAUUGCACAAAAACAAACUUUCAAAAUGCCUAAAAAUAUCUAUUUAUAGUUGAUCAAUUAAGAGAUUGCGUUGUGACCACUUAUUAUAUAAAGCGAUUCAUGUUCCACAGGGGAUUUAAAUACCAGCACUACAUCGCUUCUAACUGAGGGUGUUAUUUUUUUAUUUUAUUUUUAUUUCACAUAAGACUUGUAUCGGAACAUAACUUGGCUGCUUUGGAUUCCUUUAACAUUUUAUAAAUAUAUUUAAUUUAAUAAACUAAGUUUAAUUUAUUAUCAAAGACCGUACUCUGUGGGACAGUUUUGGAUUUUGAAGUUAAGUAAAAAUGACGGCUGGUACAUGAAAUAUUUAUACCAGAACUAUACCUGAAACUGUAUUUUUGUUUGUAGUGAGAUGCGCAAUCCCUUUAAAAAGAUAAAAAUAAGAUUAAAUGUAUGUUAAUAUAUUUUGGGAAUGGCACAGGUAAUAAUAAAAUUAUAUGAAC